AUGCGAGGUCAAGGAUAUGAUGGUGCUAGCAACAUGUCUGGUGCUUUUAAUGGAUUGCAAGCUUUAUUUCUUAAAGAUUGCCCCUAUGCAUAUUAUGUGCAUUGUUUUGCCCACCGACUCCAACUAGCGUUAGUUGCAGCCGCUGAAAAUGAGAUCUCUAUAUGGCUUUUCUUUUCGAAUAUGACAACUAUUGUUAAUCUUGUUACAUCUUCUGCCAAACGCAGUGCCGAGUUACAAUCUGCUCAAGUUAAUGAAAUUGCACGUUCUGUUGUUGUCGGUGAACGUGAGACUGGGCGAGGAGCUAAUCAGAUUGGUACUUUGCAUCGAGCAGGAACUACUCGUUGGAGCUCCCAUUUUGAAUCUAUUUGCGACUUAAUAGAUAAGUAUAAUGCAAUUAUUAAUGUGCUUGAAAACAUUGUCACUGAUGGUUCCUAUACUUCGAUGCGUGGGGAAGCUGGCGGUUCCUUAAUAGUGAUGAAGUCUUUUGAUUUCAUUUUUAUUUUGCAUUUGAUGCAUAAAAUUAUGGGGAUCACAGAUUUACUUUGUCAUGCCUUGCAACAUAAAUCUCUUGAUAUCAUAAAUGCAAUGGAUUUGGUCUCUACAACUAAAGCACUUCUUCUGACAUUGAGAAAUGAUGGUUUUGAUAUUCUUCUUUCAUAUAUCAAAUCAUUUUGCACAAGAUUAGAUAUUGAUGUACCAGACAUGAGUGCUCAUUAUAAGCAUUCUAGUCGUUCAUGUCGGCAAAGGGAUACCAUCACAGUUGAACAUCACUUUCAUUACGAUAUAUUUAAUACUGCAAUAGAUUUUCAAUUGGAAAAGUUAAACUCUAGAUUCAGUGAUGAGACAGUAGAACUUCUUAUGCUUAGCUCUGCCUUAUAUCCAAAAGAUAAUUUUAAUUGGUUCAACAUUGAUAAGAUCUGCACUCUCGUUGAGAAGUAUUAUCCUGAGGACUUCACUGAACAGGAAAUGCAUAAUUUGAGGUGUCGACUACAACAUUAUGAGCUCGAUGUGGUUUGUCAUAAAAAAUUUCAAAAAAUGUCCACUAUCUCAGAAUUGUGCCAAGGGUUAUUUGAAACAAAAAAAUUGCAAUACUAUAAUUUGAUUGACAAGUUGAUUCGUCUAGUUUUAACUUUGCCUGUUUCUGCGGCAACUACAGAGCGUGCAUUUUCAGCUAUGAAGCAUAUGAAAACAGUUCUUCGUAAUAGAAUGGGAGAGGAUUUUCUGACAGAUUCUAUGAUUAUUCACAUUGAGAGAGAGUUUGCUACAAGUAUUGAUUCAGAUUCUAUAAUUGAUGAAUAUUAUACUUUGAAGAAUCGUAGAUCACAACUUCAAUAA